ACAAUAUACUAUAAUAAUAUAUAUAAGCCAAUGAAAUGUUUUCGUUUGAGAUGUUAUGUAAACAACUCGUUUCUCGUGUUUCAUCAGGGGACCGUUUCUCGUGUUUGGAUCCCCUGAUGAAACACUCAAAGUCGUUGUUUACAUAUAACAUCACACCCUGCAGGACAGCAUUAGUAUACAUAUAUUAGAUUUAUAACCUUUUUAUGUAAUUGUAUUGUCAAGCUCGAAUGAUUGAUUGAUAUUCAUUUUUUUCUAAGAAUGUGUUGUAUCUUAUUACCAAUAUACAAGCCUUUAUUGUUUGCUCAGACAUGUCGCAAUGGCGUGUGCAUCUUCGACACAAAAUGAUAAUACCGCAUAUCUUGACCACUUUACGUGCAAUAUAUGUUUGGAAGUGCCACAAGAACCUGUUCAAUGUGUGAAGAAUGAACAUUAUUUUUGUAUGAAGUGUAUAACCAUACAUUUAACGCGAUCACAAACGUGCCCUGUUUGUCAAGAUGCACUUACUCCCGAAACACUUCGUCCUAUCCCGAGAACUGUGGCGAAUCUACUCGAGCAGUUUCAACCUCUGACAUGUAAGUACGCCAGUCGUGGGUGUACGACCGCAAUAAAACGUGAAGAUUUGUUCUCGCAUCAGGAAGAGUGCGGUUUUGCUCCUGUUCAAUGUUCGCACGAAGGAUGUGAAGCCACGGUAGACAGGCAAGAUCUCGUCAGCCAUCAACAAGCCUGUGAAUUUCGAUCGGUGACUUGCGAAGAUUGUCAAGAAGCGAUGAAGCAACGAGAGUAUGGAAAACACGGAUGUGUCUUUCGAAGGGAAAUAGAUGAAAAUAGACGUGGUUUGGUUGAGAUACAGAAGAUUUUGCGAGAAAUGCAGGACGAACAGGUGAGCACUUCUACGCCUUUUUAGGGUUGAGAAGGUCGAAACUGAUGAGAGUUGAGAAGCGAGAGUUUGCAUGAGAGUUUUCUCAAAUCUCACACCCCGCGGUCAAACAAUGUGCAUGAGAUUUGGCAGUCACGCGACAUUGGUUAGCUGUUCUUAAUACUUUCCCAACACUGCCAUGUAUUUGUAUUUUAUAGGUUAAAACGUUAUUAAAACGCUUCUCAAAACUUUAUUUUGUUAAUCUGGAGCCGAAAUGUAAACAUCAUCCACGUUUGUGCCUAGAUGUUGAACAUGCACUUGUAUCAUAUGAGAACCUCUCAAGUUAAUUGUGCACUCCAUUUUUAAUUUAAAAAUAAUUAUGUUUAUGUUUAACAGCUUCGACAAAGCGCAGAAAUCCAACGGUUGGCAAGUAGAGAAUCUGGUCAACCUCAUGCAGCCCAAAUACAAGACAGCGAAAACCUAAGACAGCCAACGAGCGAAUUAAGGCAACCUAAUCCGACGCAGGGACAAGGAAAAAGUGUUAGUGAAGCCCCAGCAAACUACCCAGAUCUCUGUACAACAAUCAGUUCAAUAUCAUUAAGUCCAACUCGAAGCCAAACUACAGUCAACAAGCAGAUUGUUGUAGCUGGAGGACGUAGCAAGUCAUACGAAGUCUUUAACUGGGAUACUCAGGAAUGGUCUUUGCAACAGGACAGUUUGUUCUUUGAACAUUACAAAGGAUUUUCGUUCGUUUAUGAUAACAAGAUGAUGCUUUGUGGUGGAACAAGCACAAUUAAAGUGGAAUGUGUCGAUAUUGCCAAUAAGUCUGUCAGCACCUUUCCUGCACUAUUACCUGGCACAGAUUGCGGUAAGGGGGUUCUUAGUGGUGGUGAUAAAAUGCUGACUUUUGGUCAGUCUGUAUCAGCGACCAGCCUUAAACCUCCAUUUAAAACCACAGUUGUUGCUUCUUAUACCAAGUCCAAGGUCAAAAAAUCAUCCUGCUAUGGUGUUGCCUGUGUCAACGAAAACGCUGUUGUUAUUGUUGGUGGUUGCCGCACCAAAGGUGCAGAACAGUCGUGUGAUAAUGUCUCACUUUAUAAUCCAGCAACGAAAUGUUUUGAAAGUCUAUCACCCUUGCCCUAUAGUGUUGCAGACAUGGCCGUUGUCGUGUACAAAGAUAACAUCGUUAUUUUGGGCGGAAGGAAAGCUUAUUAUCAUAAGCCUUUGUUUGAGACUGUGUUAAGGACUGAAUAUCUAAAUGAUGCUCUUAUGUAUAACAUCUCAAAGCAACAGUGUCGCAAGUUGCCAAGCAUGUUAGAAAAGAGGUGAAGUAUUAUUAUAAUUUCUAUUCAGUAGAUGUGAUAUAUAUUUUUCUUGUAGUUAUUAAUCACCCAAUAUGACACAUAACACACAAAAAUUACAAAAUACCGGUAUUAAAAAGCUAAAAAUUGAAUAAUAGACUUUUACUGUUCAUUGCACUUCUGCCCCAAUGGCCUCAUCUCCAUGUUUCCCUGUUUCAGCAUGGUAGGCAUGCGAAGGUAUAUCCCCACAUUUCGUUUGCAAAUAUAUUUCUCUUUGAUCUUGAGCUCAAUCACAAACCUAUACUUAACCCUAUUGUGUACGAAACAUGAGGAAAUAACCACAUGGAAACGAGAAAAGUAGGGCAAAAAUGGGGUAAACAGUGCAGUCUAUUAUUAUAAGUAAUAGCAUUCAGGGCGAUUAGCAAUUAAAUGUACCCGAAAGCCGAUAGAGUGUGUCAAUCUAUAGUAGUAAUUCACGCCUGGAUCACUAGCAUUGUUGGGUUAGAGUUUGGUUAUAGAUUCCUUACCCUAACUCAUAAAAAGCGAAACAUGAGUCUAUAUAUAUUCUAGAGUUUUAUAAAAGUACUGUUAUAUAUAUUGUUGGAUAAAUACUUGUAUUUAGUAUGUAGCCUAAAUGCUUACAAUGGUGCAUGUAUAAAAUAGGAUGCACAUUGCUUUUACGCGAUAUUUUCUUACUGAUGUCUUAUAUUAUACACACCAGUGAACACUAAUAUAAAUAUUUUCCUCUAUAGCCUACGCGCACCAGGCGGUUGUAAUUGUCGAGGGGAUAUUUUCAGGUUAGCAAAGAUAUAAUUUCUUUUUGUAGGUCAGGAUGUGCUGCAGUAAUUAUGGGAGAUACUAUCAUUGCUAUGGGAGGAUGUAAUCAUUUGGACCUGAAGACAGCAGAAUACCUGGUCCUGGGUGAAGACACGUGGAAGAAACUUCCGCCAAUGCAUUAUGCAAGAGCUGGGGCAACUGCAUGUCUCUUGCCAUAAAAAUCGUGUGUAGAUCCAUCUAAGAUCCCCUCCCAUUGACAAACAGAAUCAUACGGUGUUAAACAUAGAGUGUCUGUUACAGUAAAAACCUUCGCAGUAAAACCAUCGGAUUGAGAACCAUCUCCCUUAAGUUUAUCAGACGAGUUCAAUUCGGCCCCUAGCAGUGGCGUAGCAAACUCGAUAAUUGGGGGGGGGGGCACAUAUUCGUGUUCA